AUGGGUGCCCAGGAAUCCAAACCCGCAACCAUCACCGCCCCGACUGCUGCCCCAAUCAACGAGAAGCGCGCCUAUCUCGAGAACCUCCAGCAGGCGGCUCUCGCCAUCGGUGACGACUCUGUCCCAACAUCCCAGUCCGUCGAGCCCGAGGCAAUCGACGCUUGGUCAGCCAAGCUUGAGAACGACCCCAGCUUCAAGCUUGCCCGUCUUGUGCUCUCCCACUCCGACCCAGUGGCGGCUUUGCAGUCGCGUACGGCUGUCGUCGCUGACGAGAAGAUCUUCAACCUUGACCUCAAGGGCGCCGUUGACGGCAAGUACCCGGGCCCCGUGGUCAACCAGAAGAGCUCUGGCCGUUGCUGGCUGUUUGCCACCACCAACGUCCUGCGCUACAAUAUUGUGGAGCAGCUCAAGCUUGGUGACUUCCAGCUCUCCCAGUCGUAUCUCUUCUUCUAUGACAAGCUUGAGAAGGCCAACUACUAUCUGGAGAAUGUCAUCGACCUGACCGAUAAGGAGCUCGACAGCCGUCUCCUGAGCUUCCUCAAUGAGGCUCCCGUCAACGAUGGCGGCCAGUGGGACAUGGCCUACAACCUUCUGGAAAAGUACGGUGUCAUCCCGCAGACUCUCUACCCAGAGUCGUUCAGCUCGUCGUCCUCGUCCCGCCUUGGCCGUCUCCUGACCUCCAAGCUGCGCGAGUACGCCCUUCUCCUCCGCGGCGCCGCUGCCACCCAGUCGGUCGACCAGCUCCGCAAGCUCAAGGGCCAGUUCAUGGCUGAGGUCUACUCGACUCUGUGCAUCACCCUCGGCACUGCCCCCAGGCCCGACGCACCUUUCACUUGGGAGUACUAUGACAAGGCUGGCAAGUUCCACUCAUGGACUGGAACUCCUCUCGAGUUUUACGCGGCCUUUGCGCGCCGUAAGGGCAUGGACCCCAAAGACAGCUUUUCCCUUAUCAACGACCCCCGCAACGAGUACGGCAAGCUGUACACUGUCAAGCGCCUGGGUAACAUCUGGGGUGCCGGUGGCGUCCGCUACGUCAACGCCCCCACUGAGGUCCUCGAGGACGCUGUCAUUGCGGGAAUCAAGGCCAACACCCCUCUCUUCUUUGGCUGCGACGUUGGCAAGUCAUCCGACAGCGCCACCGGCAUCAUGGACACGAAGCUGUUCGACCUCGAGGCCGCCUACGGCUACACUCUGGGAAUGGACAAGGCCCAGCGUCUCAUCAUGGGCGACAGUAGCAUGACCCACGCCAUGGUCAUUACGGCAGUUCACCUGGACAAGGACGGCCGUCCUGUGAGGUACAAGGUCGAGAAUUCGUGGUCCAACACGGCUGGCCAAGACGGUUGGUUCAUGUGCACCGCCGAAUGGUUCAGGGAGUAUGUGUACCAAGUGGUCGUCCCCCGCUCGCUUGUCGACAAGAAGUGGUCCGACGUGCUUGACGGUGGUAACCCGGUCGAGCUCGAAGCUUGGGACCCGAUGGGUGCUCUUGCUUGA